AUGGAGGAAGUCAAACGUGUCGAUGGGGAAGAUGUAUCAUCAGCACAAGCUGUAUUACUUGGAGCCCUUGCUCCUGGAGUUAACGGUCCAACCUGGAGUACCCUAAAAAUAGCAUUUUUUAUGCUGAGUCUGUGUCUAGCUGCUAUGUUGGGAUUGGCUUUCUCUGCUAGUGACUCUGCUUUGAUACUUCAUGUUACCUUCCUUGUUCUCAUCACUGGGACCCUGUUCUUGCUUCUUACCAGAUUUCUUGACCAGACAGGCCUGGUUUCGGUUGAACAUCAGAUGCAGGAGAUGGGUUUGGCACCCAAAGAUAGUGGAGAGAAAAGCAAAAAGAGCAAUUGA